GCUUAUAGCCAAAGGAAGUUCUCCAAGAAAAUAGAUUUAAAUUUCAAAUUCAAUUUCAAAUAGACUUAUUACGAUUGAAUAAUAAAACCAUGCCUGUUAAUAUUUAAUUGUAAAAUCAUUUACAUGUACGCACAAUAAGCAGUUUGCCGGAAUGAGCAACAUUCGGAAAUACCGACUAAUCUUUGGCAACCUCCAACCUGCAUGUUUUCAAUACGGAUUUCACUGUGGACUAUAGUGUGACAGCCGUUGAAGUGACAAGCGAUCAUAUAGCAACCUUCCAUAAGGGAACCGUCAGCUGUGCUGGGCAAAGAUUUCCCGUUCGUGUGACCCCUUUCAUACGAGCCAUGCCUAGUUCAGGUGUGAGUUUCGAUCUGGCGGAGGACAUUUUCAACAACGUCUUGGGGAUUUCCCUGAAGAAUAAUUUCUUAAACGCAUUUGCCGACAACGCGAAGGUAAAACGCUUGAAGCUGACCUUCCUGUACUUAACGUGUGACAACGCCUUCUGUCUUGGUCGUCUGCUACCGCAGGCGAAGCUACGGUGGCCAGAAAGGGUGAUGGGUGUACGUGUAUACGUUAGCGACUCGAACCUCUCACUUGACACUAUGGAAGCGACCCUGAACAUCCGGGGCCGCUUCAACUUUUCCGCCGAAAGCGCCACCGAAGCAGAUCCAAUGUUCUCCGCAACUUUUAACUUUGCGCUGCCAGUACAAGUAAAAUUCUUCAACGGUUAUAUUUCUGCUAAGCUUGCAAACGCAAGCGGACAGAUUGUUAUAGACCAGUCACAUAUUGGCAAGAUUUUGAUUCCCGGGUUGCGUAAUCUCUUCGACGUCAUGACACCGAUUCUUACUCGACUUGGAAUGGAGACAUUGAACUCCAACCCGGUGUCCACUGAAAUUAAACUUCCAAAUGACGUCAUGUUUCAAACCAGCAGCGUGCAGCUGUUUCCGAAAAUGAUACGUGUAAACGCAGACCUCUGUCAGAAAGGUACAUACGGUUGCACCUAUUCCGCCAAAGACGAAUGGGUGGGCAGAAGCGAAGGUGGAGCGAUCAGUGUUGUUGACACUAUAACCACCACCACAAGUACAACCACAACAACCACUACAACACGGCAAACCGCCACAACCACGACCACUACAACGCCGAGGACAAGUACGAGGCAGAAGCAAACAACGUUGAUGAAUCUACAUGAUCAAACGCCGGAUACGGUUUCGAGAAACAACGGUACGCAGAACACCAAUAACUCGACGCGCCCCAUGUUGGUAGACUUAUCUAUCGGACAGAUAUCGGCCGACAGCCUGCUUACUGCAACCAAGGUCCCGGCGAAAACGAACGGAGCAAAUGCUAUCACAUUGACCUUGCUCGUAGAACUUCUCAUGUGCAUUGUUUUGUUCGAAGUUCAAACACUUUCUUUAAAACUGUAAAUUCACUGAUUUAUAAAUUAUGUUAUUUUGAGAGAAAGCCAAAUAUGCAAUGUCGUAACUUUACUAUACAACAUCACAUUCAAAUAUUACAUCGCAUUUCUCUAAAAGUUGUACCGGUUCUUUUUAUGUUGUUAAAUAUUAUUUUUAAUGACGCAAGCGCGUUUCAAUCCGCUUGCAACAACAAAAUAAAAUGGUAAAAGCAGUGUUUCUUGACAUCGUGUAUUUUCCUUCAAAUUUGUUAAUUGCUCAAUUUAUAUAUGAAUGAUAUUUACUUGUAAUUAAUCACAAGUAUUGCACAAUUCAAAAUAAUCAAUACGGUCCAUGAAAUAUUAUUAAUUAAGUACUUGUAUGUAUGUGUGUGCUGUAACUAUAGUUUUUGUGUAUGUAUCAUCACAUACGUGUGUUGUAUCUAUCACUGGCUUAUACCUUCUUACAUUCUGUAUAAACUUUUUACUAUGAUUUAUUUCAUUAUUGUUCGACAAUACUUACAUCAGUAUAAAAGGGGCCUUUUCACAUGUCGCAUAAUUGGUGUAUAUUUGAUAAUAAUGCAUGCCCUGGUUAACGUCAGUAUGGCCGAAACUCAUUAAUUUGUUGACAGUAGACGCACAAGUUCAGUCCGUUUAAAGUGUAGAUCAUGACAGGAUUACUAGGUUAAUAGAUGUUUGUUUCCGUAUCGUUGUAAUUACCAGCUAAUAAACAAAUUGGUUUGACCCAUCAA